UUUCUUUUUAAAAAAUCUCAGUGAGUAGCUAUGAAGAUAAAUUAUUUUAAUGAAAAUUUAUAUCAUUUAUAGAGUUUGAAGAGACCAUGUUGUCUGCUGUUGCUAACUUACAAACGCAACAAACACAAAUGUUAUUGACAUUGAAUGAAAUAUUAAGGUACCACAGAAAAAUUGCUAUGGAAAACCUAGUCGAACCCGACAAUUUACCAGUUUUUCCUCUGAAAACACUGGAUGAAUUUUUACAUUUAGAAAACCUAAUUCGUGAUGAUGAUACCAUGAAGCUAUAUAUGGUGAGGAGAUUGGCAGCAUUGGGGGGUUCCGGGGUAGAAAGUAUUACACGUAGAAUAAUGAAAUUCUUAAUAAGCAACGACCUUGCUAUUAAUUUCAAUUGGAAAGGACGAUUUUCUAAAAAAGCAUUUGAACACACCAGAAUAAUGAGGAUAAUUUAUGAUGCAGUCAAGCAGACAUUUCCUGCCCGCGAACAUAGCGACAUGUUAGUUGCAAAUACAGUGAAGGAAUGGUUAAAGCAUGCUGUUACACGAAUCAAACAGGGUGUUAGACGACAGAUUUUAGAAAGCCAACAACAAUAAAAUGGUACCGUAAACCGGGGUGACUAUAAUCCACUUUUCAUAUUGAAAGUUCAACAGUCUUUCGAAUUGCAUAGUUUGCCAAUUCAAAAAUGGUUUAUAUAUAGGAAGAAUAGAUGUAUAUUCGAUUUCAUGAGUUUUUAUGGAGCAAAAAAUUUUUUUUCAACCUUUUUUAAAAAAAAACAUGGGUGGCCAUAUUCACCCCCUGGUUUGGGGUCACUAUGGCCAAGUAACUUAAUUUGCGUUUAAACUAUUGUGAACCCUUCUAUGAGGUGGCUAUGGCCAC